AAAAAGUGCAGUUUUAGUAGGUUUAUUUCUGACAGUGUACAGUAGCUGUUAAAUAGCGAAUGAUGCGUGCGUGGGGGUGUUGGUGUAGGCAGCGAAUCCCACCGCGCGCGUGGUGUCUCCCCUUACGCACGCGCACAGCGCUCGUUACUGAAUGUGGCCGCUCGCUCGCUCGCGCUCAGUCGCUGACAUCGGCUGCGCGUCACUGAAGGCUGUUGCUUGCGCGAAGUGGACCAAGAGGAUCUGAUGAAGGUGAGGCACAGUCUGCCUGCUCGUUGCUCGUUUACCGUUUGCGUGCGCGACACCUUCUCUCGACUCGUGGCAGCUUGACGGCGAGCCGCAAGAGCGAGCGAGACCAUGCCGUAGAACUGCAAACGAACUCAAAGUUUGCCGCGCAAUCAGGCGGAUGAGUACAGCUGCGAAUCUGACGCGCUUUAUAGAGGAAACAACAGCGUAGAGGAAGAUGAAAUCUGCAGGAUUUGGCGAUGGAGGACUCUUCACCGAGAGCUACUGUAACAUCUGCAAUGCUCAGCUCAUCUCUGAGUCACAGCGUGUUGCGCACUAUGAGAGCAAGAAGCAUGCCAACAAAGUGCGUCUGUUCUACAUGCUCCACCCAGAAGACGGUGGUCCUCCUUCUAAAAGACUGAGACCAGACAACCCGGACAGUGCAGAGAAUGAAGUGGACAGGAACAAAUGCUGCACGCUCUGCAAUAUGUUCUUCACAUCUGCCAUCGUGGCUCAGUCACACUACCAGGGUAAAACGCAUGCUAAGAGAGUACGCCUUGUUCUCGGAGAGCAGCCCAGCUUACCUACCCCCACAGAUUCAACUGCAAAUACCCCUCAGGCCACAGACCCAGCACCACCACCUUCACCAUCAUGGCCCUCCAUGGGUAACAAUGGCGAAGCAGGCAAGUACUGCUGCCUGUGUGGUGCCUGGUUCAACAAUCCACUGAUGGCACAGCAACAUUAUGAAGGCAAAAAGCACAAAAGAAAUGCAGCACGGGCACGUCUCCUGGAGCAGCUGGCAGGCAGUCUGGAUGCCACCGAGAGCACAGGCCUGCGCAGCAGUUACUCGUGCAGCGUAUGUAAUGUGGUUCUGAACUCCAUUGAGCAGUACUAUGCACACCUCCAGGGCUCAAAACACCAAAACAAGGUCACGGGGAGCCUGGAGCCUAUCCCAGGAGACGCUAGGCACAAGGCGGAGGACACCCUGGACGGGGUGCCAACCCAUCGCAGGGCACAAUCACACACCCAUUCACACACUAUGGACAAUUCGGAAACGCCACUCAGCCCACAACUCAUGUCUUUGGACUGGGGGAGGAAACCGGAGUACCCCGAAGGAAACCCCCGAAGCACAGGGAGAACAUGCAAACUCCACACAAACAGGGCAGAGGCAGGAAUCGAACCCCCAACCCUGGAGUCUUAAACAACAACAUCAGCAAUGAAAGUUAUUGCUGGACGUAUUGGAGGCAUUGCUACUGAAGCUCUGAAGAAAACAGAGAAUGGAUGUACUUGCAAACAUUUGUGGAGAUGCACAGGCAUUAAAGGGACACCACGGACAAUACCUCUAUCUUUCACUGAGUUUCUUAAUACUUUGGAGGCUCCUC